UCACUUUUUGUUCUCAUCAACUUGGGCUGUGCAGUGUCUCCUCCCAGCAGGCAACUAAAGCUGUGAGCCAAGACCCCAGGCCCAACACCCUGCCGGACUUUGAAAUCAGAUCUUUAUUGUCCAUAAAGCCUCAGCCAAGUAUGAAGAAUCAGCCCUCCCUAACAAAACACACUCACCCAGCAGAGAGAGGAACAAGACGAGAGAACUUGGGGCGAGGAUUUCGUUUCGCCUGGAGCGACGUCACACCAAGGAGGAAGAAGAGGAGUGCAUUUUUCCUCCCUUUAUCAUCAAUCAAGAAAACACAUCGACAGACUGUGGCACACAGACGCCUCUACCUGCGGCCGGUGCGCACCGAAAAUCACUUCACCAAGUGCAUCAGUGCGUCAGGACACAGCGCGCAGAGAACAACCAACAUCCAGCAGCACCAAAACCAAAACAAUAUAUAUAUAUAUAUUUAUAUUUGUUAGAAAGGCAGUAGUGCUAGUUUGCUUCUAUAUUAUCAUUUCAUUGUUUUAAAUAUCCCCAUAGGGGCAAGACUCCGAGUGUCCUCACAACCACUGUGCGCUGUUCCGCAGUCAGAGAGGACUUUACCGUCUGGAGUCACUUCUCGUUCCUCCUCAGACCGUCUUGAAAGCAUGUAAUUGUGCUGCGACAGAUUGUGCAGAACGACAAUGAAGAGGUUAACCACACCUUUGAAAACGGACAUCUCUUCGGUAGUCUCUUGACCAACUUCGUUGCGCAUUAAGAUGCGCCCCACAGAAGAGGAGUUGGAUGAGGAACUUUUCGCGCUCUUGUUGACAGACAGUUUCCAGUGAGCUUUAUUGCUACCGUCAGAAAACAAGGACCUCCUAUGUAUUUAAGAAAUAAUCCAACUCGGUGUUGGCUGAGCUCGUCAGUACUUUAAACUUUGCUGGUGGAUCUCCUCGAGGAUUUGCUGCGUUCACCAUGACGGUUCGUCUAUCACGGAUCCAGCUGGCCCUCUUCUUUAUCUUGCUCUGUCCGGUCAAUAUCAUCGGACUCUGGUGGGCGGUUGGCAGUCCACUGGUGAUGGACCCCAACAGCAUUUGCAGGAAGGCAAAGCGUCUGGCGGGGAAGCAGGCUGAGCUGUGCCAGACUCAGCCAGAGAUUGUCAGUGAGGUGGCCAAAGGAGCCAGGCUGGGUGUCAGGGAGUGCCAGUACCAGUUCAGGUACCGCCGGUGGAACUGCACUAGCCACAACAAGUACUUUGGCAAAAUACUGCAGCAAGAUAUCCGGGAGACAGCGUUUGUUUAUGCCAUCACGGCAGCCGGUGUGACCCACGCUGUGACCCAGGCCUGCAGUAUGGGAGACCUCCUGCAAUGUGGCUGUGAGGCGACCAGGAACAGAGCCCCUCCAAGGCCAUCCUCAUCCUCACCCCCUGGGGACGGAGUCAAGUGGGAGUGGGGGGGAUGCGGAGAUGAUGUGGAGUUUGGUUAUGAAAAGUCAAAACAGUUUAUGGACGCCAAGAGGAGAAGGGGCAAGAGCGACAUCAGGACACUCGUUGACCUGCACAACAACGAGGCUGGGCGGCUGGCGGUGAAGCUCUACAUGCGGACAGAGUGCAAGUGCCACGGCCUGUCGGGGUCGUGCACCUUGCGCACAUGCUGGAAAAAGAUGCCUCAUUUUCGAGAGGUGGGCGACCGCCUGCUGGAGCGCUUCAACGGAGCUUCCAAGGUGAUGGGAGGCAACGACGGAAAGACCCUGAUCCCUGUCGGCCAGAACAUAAAGCCACCAGAUAAGCAGGAUCUGAUCUACUCCGACGAGUCGCCCGAUUUCUGCCUUGCAAAUCGGAAAACUGGUUCACUUGGGACACGGGGGCGCAUGUGUAACAGCACAGCCAUGGACAUCAGCGGCUGCGACCUGCUGUGCUGCGAGCGCGGCUACCGGGAGGAAACAGUGGUGUUAGAGGAGAACUGUCUGUGUCGUUUCCACUGGUGUUGUGUGGUCCAGUGCAAGAAAUGCUUGGUCCGAAAAGAGCUUAGUCUCUGUCACUGAUGAACUGAUGAACUGAGGUUGACAGCAGUCAGUAUGACUUGGUUGAUUAUAAAUACUUCUGUUGCUUUUUGAGGUUUUUGCUUUUGUUUGGCUAAUGUGAAAGAAGGGUUUGGACUUUUAUGGUAAUCCUUUUAUUUCAGUUUUUGCACCAGUCAUAUUUUGAUAAUGCCCCAAAGAUGUUCAUUUUAAAUAGCAUUUGCCCAAUUCUGGCUGUUCCCAGGAAUUUUCACAGACAUAAGAUGUGCUGGCCAAAGGUUUAAACGCUGCAGAAAGUAAAUGCAUCCAAAUGCAAAACAAUGGCAAGAGAGACUAAAAGAAGUCAAAUACAGAAAUGUUUCUUCUUUGCUUUACUGAACUACCUAUUUUUCUUUUUUCUUUAUAUGAAAAAGGACCAAAGAAUGUGAACAUUUCCAUCUCAAUCAAAGAGAAGUACCUAUUCAAGGAGGUUUCUUGGUGUCACUUCCACUACUAGUUCAACAGCAGAGCUUGAUGUAGACUGUUAUCUAAAACCAAAGAGUAUCCGACUUUACCUUGUGCAGAUGCACCUGAUUUGCUAAUGGCAUUUCCUUAACUGACCAUUCGCUGAGCCCAUUCCCCCUUAAUUACUUCCUGUGUACCUUUGUCAAGCUUCACAUUCUCACAUAGGUACAUACUGGUAUACAAUAACAUGGUGAGAUGUGCCACUUAAAAUGAAAAAGAAACUCCACAAGGGGUCCUUGAUUUCAGAUGGAAGUAGAUAAAAGCAGGCUUCAGUUUUGAAGUUGAAAGUGCAGUUUUCAAAUGACUUGUUUUAUGAAGAGAACAGUUAGCUAAAUAAAUGUGCCUUGGCCUUGGACGUAACUGCAUUAAGUUACAGCAAAAGGUUAGCUUAUUUAGCCGGGCAUGCUAACAAUUGCAGCCUUCAUUACAUCAAUACAUUCUUUAUAAUUUUACUCUCGUCUGGUCUCGUAGGGUUUGGAAAGGUUAACACACCACCAACCGCUUUACAUGCAGAGCAUCUCUCUUACUACAACCCCAUGCACAUCUCUUCAGAAUGUGGAGAAACCGUACGCUCGACAGACCUGCCAUGCUGUGCUACGUUUGCUAAGCUAUGAUUGGACAGUUGCUGUUUGUGGGAGGAGUUUAGUGAAUGGUCAAUUGUAUAAACUGGCUUGUAAUCUGCAAGGGCCACACUGACUAUUAUGAAACGUGUGAGCCUCUAAGGAUUCCUUAUUGUAUUAUCUGUUAUUUUAAGUCCAUCAGAUCUGUAGCAUCAUAGAAAGAUUUAGUAUCUCACUGUGGCCCAAUAUUCUUAAUUAGGCAUUAGCAAUAAUCAAAUUGAUAUUUUACCCCAAAUCUUUAAAAAUGUUGAUAUCAAUCAUUCUCUCACUUACAGUAACCGUAGCCCAGCCUUGAAGUUAGUAUCCCACAUCAAAUAAAAAAAAGAUUUCUGCCACUGCGUCAAAAAUAUACAAAAAAGGGAAAUGGUAUCACAACAUCAUAUUUGAAGAAUGCUGUCAACACCACAUUUUGCAGAUGUGGCCUUGUCCUGUCAACAAAGACUGCUAUUUAUAUAAAGAUGACAAGACUACUCACUUCCAUCUCUCUCAGAAGCACUUUGGAUAUGAUGGCCGCCGUGGACUCCCUCAAUAGCUUGGCAUUAAAACCUAUUGCGGUUAAACCAAAAGAGAAACCAUUAUUCACAUGACAUUGUUUGGUAUCGAGAAAAUGUAUAUAAUGUAUUUUGUUUAUCUGUUAUGAUAUACAGGGCUAAUGUUAUGAUGCACUUUGGAUGUUAGCUUUCGUUUGAUACUGUAUUUGCAAAUGCAUGUGUGUGAGUGAGUGUGAGAGAAAGUGUUGAGUAUGUGUUUGUGCAGGUUGGCCAGUUAUCGCCGUAUCCUUUAGUUGACAGUACCUUUUAUAUAUCUUUCAGUUGCUGUCUGACAUUAAACUGCAUUAUGUUGGUUAUUAAAAGCACACUGCUCUUUGACUCUCUGUCUCUGUGUGAGGCAGACAGGAUGUUUUAUUUGUUCGUUUUCAGAGGAAGUCUGUUCGCCAUAAAGCUGUCAUCUCAUUUACACUUGCGUUUUAUUACCAGACAAUGUACAGUAAGUAUACUGAGCUAUAAUAAUACAUUGUCUCCACGUGUUCUGUUAUGGCUCUUGUUCCACACUUGGUGAUGUUUGUGUUUCAGAAAGCUAUCAUGAUUCAGAUCUGGCUGUUACACAGUUACUUUUAAUAUAUGCCUUUUUUGAAGGGCCAAAAUCAAAUGACCUCCCUGAUAAGUGACACGUUUUAGGACGGGCGUAAUGUGGGCAAUAUCUCCCAAGCUCUUUAUACAAUUAAUGUGUGAGCAGCGUUUUUGAUUAACAGUUUAGGUCCAAAGUCAAAUGUCCAUCAUUCAAAAAAAUACUGGUAUACAGGUAAAGCACAUUUUCAGUAUCAGUGGAUGUUGGCAAUGAUCUUACAUUUAAGAGACUAUAGUUAGAGAUAUUCAUUUCAAACAUUUUAGUCACUCAUCCAUUUUAAAUCUAUUUCUAUGAACAAGGCCCCAUAGUUUCAUAGUUUGCAGUUGCAAGACUGAGGUCUUGUGAUUUCAAUGCAAUGAUAGUGCACAAUCAUUAUGACAUGACAGUUAGUUGUUGCUGUUACUUUGAUUGUGUUAAUAUAAUGAUGGUGGUAAUUAUCAGAAGAAAUGGAACUACAGAAGUCACAUAAUAUGAUGUUUGUAUGAUGUUUUGGGCUGAUGUUAUUAUUUAUAGCUAUAACUUCUAUAACUCUACUUUAAUGGAAAUACAAUAACGACUUAAAACAAAUUCACAUUCACAUUUCUGAUUUUGUUUACUUCUUUAUCUGACCUGUUGAGUGACGUCAUCCCAAUAAGACCAAAUCAAUAUCUGCAUCUGUGAAAUUAAGCACAUUCUUAUUACUUUCACACAAUAUUCUAACUAGGUUUGGUAAAAAAAUCAACAGACUAUAUCGUAACAGAGCAAAAGAAGGAGCAUAUAAAGGCAAUUUCACCAGAAAGGAAAUAAUGUAAAAAGUAUUUGAGUGACAUAAUGCAUAAUGACUACAUAAUGCAACCCAGCUUUGGCCAACUAGGUUGUGUUUGUGUCAUAACUUGUGUUCGAUUUGUCAUCUAUUUAAAGACUUUGUGUCAUGUUUGCUUCACGUUUUGUAAUGCUCUUCAUUUUUGUAUUCUUCAGAAAUCAUUUCAUAUCUGGAUGUUAUAUUGCAUAUUCAUUUAGCAUAAAACUACCGUGUGACUCACAGUCAAAACACUAUUCAAAUAAAAAGUCAAACAUUUGUGUUUUAAUUAUAA